AUGGUUAAYCAGGGAGCCCAAGAUGCCGUGCAAAAGAGUCUCGAUUCCGUCACGGGCGACAAAAGUGCUGGUGUUCCCGGCCUAGUUUUCGUUGCUGUUGAUAAGAAUGGAGAUGAGAUUGUUGCCAAUGCUUCGGGAAAGAAAGGUCUUGACACCUCCGAGCCGAUGACCAUGGAUACAGUCUUCUGGAUCGCCUCGUGCACCAAACUCCUGGCGACGAUCGCCUGUAUGCAAGCUGUUGAACAGGGAAUUCUCAAACUUGAUGACCACAAGCAAGUGUACGAGUUGUGCCCGGAAUUGGCCAAGGUUCAGGUCCUGCAAGACGAUGGAACGUUAGUCGACAAGAAGAAGGAAAUUACACUCAGAAUGCUCCUUACGCACACCGCUGGAUUCGCGUACGAGUUCUUCAACGAGAAGCUGAGGGACUAUGGUCGUCCUGUGGGAUUUGACGUUUUCCACGCCGAUAUUGGAGACGUUCUUCGUAUGCCACUUGUCCAUCAACCCGGUGAGAAAUGGGAAUAUGGUAUCAACAUCGACUGGGCUGGCAUUGUCUUGGAAAGGGCCACGAAGACGAGCUUGAAUGACUGGAUCCAGAAGAACAUUAUGCAGCCGCUAGGCUUGAAGAACGUCAGCUUGGUACCAACACCCGAGAUGAAGAAAGAGCUGGCUUACAUGAACCAGCGCUGGCCAGGCUCCCAAGGGAGCGAAACCAGAGACCAUAUCUACCGUGAGCCACUCAUCGCAGAGACAGAUGCCGAAAAGAAGCGCCUUUUCCACAGCGGCGGUGCCGGAGGUUUCGCAAAGCCCAGAGAAUAUGUCCAAGUCCUCGCAGCUUUAUUGAAUGACGGAAAGAGCCCAAAGACCGGCGCACAGAUACUCAAGCCAGAGACCGUCAAAGAGAUGUUCGAGAACCAAAUCAAGGAGCAUCCUGACUUUGCCAGAGCUGGCAUCCCAGCAGCGAAGCCUGAUCAGACAAAUCCCGCUCCAGAACUUUAUCCCCAAGAAGGUAACCCACCUCAAGGCUGGGGUUUAUCCUUCAUGAUCACUCAAGAACCCGGUGCGACGGGACGAGGCCGCAACACCGCUUGGUGGGCAGGAAUUGCCAACCUCUUCUGGUGGUGCGAUCGCGAGAAGGGCGUUGCUGGCAUGAUUGCCAGCCAAGUCAUGCCGUUUGGCGAUAUGCAAGUCAUGGGACAGUGGGGUGCUUGUGAGGCUGCUGUAUAUCAGUCUCUUGCAUGA